CAGGGAGGCCUCAGGAAGCUCUUUGUCUGUAGAAGACAGGAAUUGUGAGACCAUGCUUUUGCACAAUGCUGAUUCUGCAGAACUCAAGCGAAGUGACUGCUUGAAGGAAAUUGGUGACAGAAGUGAAUCGCACAGCUGCUGUUCUACGAAGGAAGAGAUGGACGAAGAAACUUCAACUGGAAAUGAACAUUGUGUUCGGGGGGUGAAAGAUCCAUCUCAAGGGAUGUCUGCAAAAGUGCCUGAAACUGAUGAUGGCUUGCACGAGCAGGAAUCGUCUCAGCUGACAACAGUGCCUGAAGCACAUCUGGCCAUGAAUGAGCACAGAUAUCUUCCCAGCUUCGAUUUGAACGAAGAUGUUCAGACAGAGGAAGUUGAAUGCAGUGAGAAGUCAGUGACUACAACGCCUUCUUCAUGCCACGUGACAAAUUUGUCAGCUCCAAUUCCGGUGGUGGCUACUUCUAGAGGACUUGCUUGCUUACCUACAACACCACUACAAUUUGAAGGGGAACUAGGCUGGAGAGGCUCUGCUGCAACUAGCGCAUUCCGUCCAGCCAAGACUCAUGAUAAAGAGUAGGCAGGUUCCAUCGAAGAAAAUGAUUGUAGCUCCAAGGGCUUUCGUGGUAUUGACCCGAAUAUAGCUGAUGCUCGAGAUGACUCAGUUGUGGAACUGUUCCCGAAGAAGCAUGUACCAGGAUCUUCAACUCUCCCAUCUGGAGACUCUUCUGCCGAGGUUAACUCCAGAAAGGCAGAGCGGCUCAAUCUGGAUCUUAAUCGUCUCAGCGAUAAUGAUAAUAAUUGCCCAGAGCUGUUGUCCGUCUGGAGGACAUAAUAUAAACUGCAUCCUGGCAGGAACAGGGCCCACAGCCCGUCUCCAUCAUCGUCAUCAAGGCCUUCUAUUAAAGAUUUUGACUUGAAUGACAACCCAUCCUUCAGUGAAGCACAUGAUGUCCAUAGACCAGUUCACGGCAUCUGGCCUUCAAGAAACAGGGCAUUAGAUGAUCGUGCUAGUUCUAUUACUGGAUCUACAAUGUAUCUGGAACCUAAGAAUGUAAAAUCUGCUUGUUGGGCGGAUUUGGGUUCAGUUCAAGAUUCUGGGCAUGGUCAUGGCACGAAGGAAUACAUGUAUUCUGCCCAACCGUUUCUGAUGGCUGGGCCAAACGUUAUCUGCUCUGUAGAACAGAUGGGGAGAGUGGUCGCUGCACAACCUUUUU